UCCUUCUUUCUUUCUUUUUUUCUUUUUUUAACGUUCACGGGAGCGUUUACGUCGCUGCUGCUGAUUCACAAACCCGAGAUCCGGCCGCGCAGAGCAGAGCAGAGCAGGUUUUGGGUUUUAAUCUCAGUGGCGCUGCUGCGGUUUAGUCCCACUGCUGCGGUUUAGUCCCACUGCUGCUCUGAGCGCGUUUGUGUCUUUUGUUUCUUUUUGAAACGAUGUGUGUGUGGAUCAGAGUCGGAGUGCGUGUGAGUCGCUUCCCCUCAGGACCUCCUAACAGCGGCCGGGACUGAACCACAUUUCUCUUUUAAUUCUGCGGGAUCUGAUCUGAAACUCUGCACAGAGCCACAGGGGGCUUUAAUGACAGCCGGUGUGUGUCUCUGAUCGGGGGAGAAACCAUCCAGUCACUCAGGCUUUCCAAUGGGGGCAACUAAGAGCAAGCCAAAAGACCCAGGUCAGAGAUCUCGGAGUCUGGAUGGUACCAUUGGUCUGGGCUCCUCCGGUGGACACCAUUUCAGUUCUGGUCCUCGGAACCAAACGCCAGAUCAGAGUCCUGCGGUGGGGACCGGCAGGCGGAGCAACAUGUACCACACCAACGUUGCAGAACAUCAACUUUUUGGUGGGGCGGAUCACACAGCGAGCGUCACGUCACCCAUAAGAGCUGGUGUCACCACGUUUGUCGCACUAUACGACUACGAAUCUCGGACAUCUGCGGAUCUUACGUUUAAGAAGGGCGAGAGGCUGCAGAUCCUCAAUAACACGGAAGGAGACUGGUGGCUGGCGAGUUCUUUGACCACGGGGAAAAGCGGCUACAUCCCCAGUAACUAUGUCGCACCGUCGGACUCCAUCCAGGCCGAAGAGUGGUUUUUCGGUAAAAUAACACGGCGCGAUUCUGAGCGGCUGCUGCUGAACAUCCAGAACAGGACAGGAACCUUCCUCGUCAGAGAGAGUGAGACGACUAAAGGAGCGUACUGCCUGUCUGUGCUGGACUACGACAAUACGAAGGGUCUAAAUGUCAAGCACUACAAGAUCCGUAAGCUGGACAGCGGAGGGUUUUACAUCACGUCACGGACGCAGUUCAGCUGCCUGCAGCAGCUCGUCCUGCACUAUCGCACGCACACAGACGGAUUGUGUCACAUCCUGACGGACAUCUGCCCCACGCUGAAGCCACAGACUCAGGGACUCGCGCGAGAUGCCUGGGAAAUCCCACGCGAGUCGCUGCGGCUCGACCUUAAACUGGGUCAGGGGUGUUUCGGGGAAGUGUGGAUGGGUACGUGGAACGGCACCACGCGAGUGGCGAUAAAGACGCUGAAGCCGGGCACCAUGUCCCCUGAGGCAUUCCUGGAGGAGGCUCAGGUCAUGAAGAAACUCCGGCACGAGAAACUGGUGCAGCUCUACGCCGUUGUCUCCGAGGAGCCCAUCUACAUCGUUACAGAGUACAUGAGUCAAGGAAGCCUGCUAGAUUUCCUGAAAGGAGAGAAAGGAAAAUAUUUACGACUUCCACAGCUGGUUGAUAUGGCCUCUCAGAUUGCUGCCGGUAUGGCCUAUGUGGAGAGGAUGAAUUACGUUCACAGAGAUUUACGAGCAGCGAACAUCCUCGUUGGAGACAACCUGGUGUGUAAAGUGGCCGAUUUUGGACUCGCAAGACUCAUCGAGGAUAACGAGUACACUGCCAGACAGGGUGCCAAGUUCCCCAUCAAAUGGACAGCUCCGGAGGCGGCACUGUACGGACGCUUCACCAUCAAAUCGGACGUCUGGUCUUUCGGGAUUUUACUGACCGAGCUGGCCACCAAAGGGCGAGUUCCGUAUCCAGGUAUGGUGAACAGGGAGGUGCUCGACCAAGUGGAACGUGGAUAUCGGAUGCCGUGUCCGGCUGAAUGCCCGGCCUCGAUGCACGACCUCAUGCUCAGCUGCUGGCGCAAAGAACCUGAGGAACGGCCCACGUUUGAGUACCUGCAGGGCUUCCUGGAGGACUAUUUCACCUCCACGGAACCGCAGUACCAACCAGGAGAAAACCUCUAGGGCUUCCAGUGUGAGCUCGGAGAGAGCGGACUCUGCUGGGAUGUUCGUACUCAAGUGUGUGUGGGAGUGUGUGUGUGUGUGGGAAAAGUGGGCGUUUACAAUGCGAUUGAUACUCCAUUGGCUACAAAUAAGAAGAAUGCAUGCUUUAAAAAAAUAAGGGAAAUCUCAAGAAAGACUUCCUGGUGGAUGAACACGAGCCAAAAUGGUACGAACAAAACCCUCUAUAAACUUCCCGAAAUCGGAAUUCUGUCCAGUUUUUCCAUCCAGCAGAAUACUGCCGCGCACUGUCAGGUGCCAAAGAUCAUCCUUUCUUCCUUUUUUUUCUUCCAUCCGCUUUUUUUCUUUACCUGUUUUCAAGGCGAGAGCAGAACGUUAGAUGUUAGAACGUUAUGUAGCACAUUUCUGCUUGGGAUAUUUUUAUGGUACUAUUUAAUCAAAGGGCUGCUGUUGAAUCGUCGUGAGUAUAAUUCCGAACUGUACAUCACUCGGACGUAUAAAACGCACUCCUCCUUUGAAUUAAAACGUCACUUUAUUGUACGAGUUGCUUUGAUGGUACCAGAUAUUUUUAUUUAUUGGAUAGCGAGAGGAAAGAAUUCUGGAAAGACGUCGGCUGUGUUCCUGUCUGAAGCCCUCGUCCUUUAACGAAUUCCAGACUUUGGUGAACUUUUGUGUUCACAUCAUCGUGUGUCAAAGCGUGCGUUUAUCCGUCAUCACUAAUCACUGUAUCGAGUUCCAUAGUUCUGAAUGUGAUGAGAGCACGGAUCGCUGAACGGAAACGGCGAGUUCGGAGGAUAUGCCCGGUACACAAAGCUGUGAUUUUGUAUUACGUUUAUAUGACGGCUAACUAUUAAAACACAAAUAUGAUUAUUAUUGCUGAAUGUACAAAUAAACACAAAACCCAAAAGAUCGUUGACUUUUAACUCAGAAAUUAUUGUCAAUGAAUACUUUAAAAGAGUUUUAGCUCUGAAAUCAAACAAUUGUUAGCUAAGAAUUCACAAAUGCGACUAUUAGCUACAAAUACACAAUAAAAUUGUUAACUAUGAUUACACAAAUCCGCUUAACAGCUCGGGAGUGAUUCACUUCUUCAGCUGGACUCCUCAUUGGUUGAUGAACUCUUUUUCAAAAAUGUUCAUGUUUGUGGAAUUAUGGGAUUGCUGAAACCGAGCCUGGAAAAUCUGACGCGCUAAAGAAAAGACGCCAUUCUAACAGCCGUUUUAGUUUUCGUUAUAAUAAUAAUAUAAUAUAAUAUUAAUAUAAUAUAAUAUAUGAUCACAUUUUUUGGUUCAGAGUAAACAGUUUUUCUCAGACACUUGUUUAUUUAAUUUUAUUGGCUAUAGGAAAUAUCAAAUGCACUAAUUUUAAUAAUAAAAUGUUUUGUUAAAUAAGAAGACACUUGUGCAAUUCACUUUAAAGUUUCAUAAAAUCAGUUGUAGUAAUAAUAACGCAAUGUAAGGAACACAAUAUUGUUUUUAUAGCACUCUCUUUUUAUUUCCUGGAGAACAUUCUCAUUAUUCAUCUCCAAAACACCCCAAAUCUAGUGGAGGCUCGCGCGAUUAAACAGCAAUGCUAACAGAAUGAAGAUGUUUACAUAAAGCUGCGUCAUUGCAUUUUACUUGGGAAUCACGAUUCACUUUGGGGAUUUGACUCUUUAAUUGAAUCAGUUUUGUUUUUUUGUUUUGUGUGAUUUAUCAGUCAAAAUGGUGUGUGGAAAUAGUGUGCCAUACAAUACAAUAUGAUCUGAUUUUUAACCCAGUACGUGAUCAGGUGUAUAAAUAUAUAAAUAUAUAAAUAUAAACGACAUAUUUGAAUCAACGAGCGAUUCACUACAGUACAGUUCCGAGUCGGUUCAGUGUGAAUCAGUUUUCGUUUUUAGAAGUGAGAUUCCUCACCCCUUUUUUUUUUUAAUUAAAAAUAAGAUGGACUGGUAUUCAGGCCAUGCCCUUUUUUAAUAACACUGAAAGGUACAGUGGCCAUGCCUCCACGCAGUGCCAAAGAACUAAAAUAGUUUCUGAAUAAUCGUACACUAAGAAUAGGAACAGGUGUGUGUGUGUGUGUGUGUGUGUGUGUGUGUGUGUGUGUGAUUUUACCAUGACAGAUUUACUCCCGAGACUCCAUUAAUAUUUCACUGUGAGUCUGUGCAGCCGUGUGGCGGAGACUGAUGAUGAUGAACUGAUUGGUGUGAGUGAAUCUUUAAGAUGACUCACCUGAGUGAUUGGUGUGAGUGAAUCUUUAAGAUGGCUCACCUGCGUGAUUUGGUGUGAGUGAAUCUUUAAGAUGACUCACCUGCGUGAUUUGGUGUGAGUGGAUCUUUAAGAUGACUCACCUGAGUGAUUUGGUGUGAGUGAAUCUUUAAGAUGACUCACCUGAGUGAUUUGGUGUGAGUGAAUCUUUAAGAUGACUCACCUGAGUGAUUUGGUGUGAGUGAAUCUUUAAGAUGACUCACCUGAGUGAUUUGGUAUGAGUGAAUCUUUAAGAUGACUCACCUGAGUGAUUGGUGUGAGUGAAUCUUUAAGAUGACUCACCUGAGUGAUUGGUGUGAGGUGAAUCUUUAAGAUGACUCACCUGAGUGAUUUGGUGUGAGUGAAUCUUUAAGAUGACUCACCUGAGUGAUUGGUAUGAGUGAAUCUUUAAGAUGACUCACCUGAGUGAUUGGUGUGAGUGAAUCUUUAAGAUGACUCACCUGAGUGAUUGGUGUGAGUGAAUCUUUAAGAUGACUCAGUUGAGUGAUUGGUGUGAGGUGAAUCUUUAAGAUGACUCACCUGAGUGAUUGGUGUGAGUGAAUCUUUAAGAUGACUCACCUGAGUGAUUGGUGUGAGUGAAUCUUUAAGAUGACUCACCUGAGUGAUUGGUAUGAGUGAAUCUUUAAGAUGAGUCACCUGAGUGAUUGGUAUGAGUGAAUCUUUAAGAUGACUCACCUGAGUGAUUGGUAUGAGUGAAUCUUUAAGAUGACUCACCUGAGUGAUUGGUGUGAGUGAAUCUUUAAGAUGAGUCACCUGAGUGAUUGGUAUGAGUGAAUCUUUAAGAUGAGUCACCUGAGUGAUUGGUAUGAGUGAAUCUUUAAGAUGACUCACCUGAGUGUCCGAUGAUCUGCGCUGAGCGUUAAAUCCAGUGGAACAGUGACGUGCAGAGAGCAGCAGAUAAAUCAGCGUUGAUCUCAUUAACACUCUCAGUAAGGCUUUUCUACUCGUUCACACUUCGUUCAUUCACUGAUCAGUUCAGUAAUAACUGAUAAAUCACACAAUACUCAGAGUUCAGUCCUUCAGCUCAGAAAAUGGCCUUCAGAAGUAUUUACACCCGUCAUCCUUCUUUAUAAAGUAUUUAAACACGAGUGUAAGGAAUUACAUCAGAGUUACAGAUUCAUUCACGGAUCCUCAGGAUCAUUUUAUCACACGCUGACAUUUCUCUCUCUCUCUCUCUCUCUCUCUCUCUCUCUCUCUCUCUCUCUUUCUCGUGCUGUCUCUCGUUCUCAUUCUUUUUUCCCAUUAUUGCUCUUGCUCUCUUUUUCUUGUUCUCUCACUCUUUUUCUCUCAUUCUCACUCUUUUUCUCAUUCUAUCUCUGACCCUCAAUCUCUUUUUUGCAUUCUCUCUCUCAGUACCCGACGUGUUUAUCUUGUGUAUUACUCCCCAGAAUCAUGACUCCGUCAUUCCUGAAUAUUCUGGAAUAUUUACAGAAGCUUGUAUCAUAAACAUGUAAAGCGUGAUUCAGUAUUGAACUCAUUUCUCCUCGUCCUUUUUCAGAAAUAAAUGGUUCUCUCUCGGCAUAUCGGUAAAUGUAAUGCACGCAGAAUUCAGCAGCCAAUAAACGUUAAAACACGUCAAAUCGUUUUUAAACAUCCAUCCAUCCAUUAUCUGUAGCCGCUUUAUCCUGUUCUACAGGGUCACGGGUGGGCUGGAGCCUAUCCCAGCUGACUCUGGGUGAGAGGCGGGGUUCACCCUGGACAAGUCGCCAGGUCAUUACAGGACGACACACAACCAUUCACAUUCACACCUACGCUCAAUUUAGAGUCACCAGUUAACCUAACCUGCAUGUCUUUGGACUGUGGGGGAAACCGGAGCACCCGGAGGAAACCCACGCGGACACGGGGAGAACAUGCAAACUCCACACAGAAAGGCCCUCGCUGGCCACGGGGCUCGAACCCAGAACCUUCUUGCUGUGAGGCAACAGCACUAACCACUACACCACCGUGCUGCCCAAUGUUUUUAAAAAUUUCAGUGUUAAUUCUCAUUUUAUUCACCUUUUAAAAUGUUUGAGUCGGACAACAGGCCCACAGUUAGUUUGGAGUAAAUCAGGCGAUAUUUUAAAAAUCCCACUUUAAUUACAUUUCACAGUCGCACUCAUGUUUUUAAAUAAAUAAAUAAAUAAAUAAAUAAAUAAAACCGUCCAUUCUGACAGUUCAGAAAGAUUUUCAGCUGAAAGUGACUAAUGCUUUAACCUGGAACUUUCUGAUCAUUUUCUCGAGCGUCUGUAAUGGUCAUGUGAUCAGGGUUCGUCAUUAUGGAGACUUCCUGUCCAGUUUAUUAUUAUUAUUAUUAUUAUUUUCUUUCCCAGAAUUAUGUUUGUAGUUAAUUACAGUGAUGUUGGAGAACACGGCGGCUCCGUUUCACUCGGGCAGAUUGGUACAAAUUCAAAUCCGAAACAUUACUGAUUUUUUGCUAAGGAGGCGGGGCUUAUUGUUUUAUAACUCCUAAUUUCAGGUUUAUUCAUUAAAAAGGCUGUUUCUUGUUGAAUCUGGGCCGAGCGAUCCGACACAAAUAUCAUGAUACAUUAAAAUGUUUCUACGAUACAUGAUACACAUCACUAUGUUUAGCUUUGCAACAAACUGACAAAAAAAAUUUUGUGUUUGGGGGGGAAAAAACCCUGAAUUAAUUCUGUAAAAAUAAUAAUAAUUUAACACCUGAGAAGGAGAAAAAUAAACAAUAUUCAGUACAAAAUUUUAACAUUUUACAGUUUUGAAGAUUUCUAACUUUUUUUUUUUGGCUUCACCUUUGAAUCGGAAAUAUUUAUCAGCAUUCUGACCAAAACAGAUCAAUCAACAGAUUUUCAGAAUUUUCAGUGUGUUGUAAUAAACUUCAUCGUGAUGUUGAUAUUUUGUGGUUGAAUCGCUCGGCCCUCGCUGGAGCUCGAACACAUUUUGUGUGAGAUUUGAGCUGAUGAUGUUUUUCCCCUGUGAGAGUUUUAACUGUUUUUACCCAAAGAGAAUUAAGUUAAAAAUAAAGUAAUCUUGCUGUAACUUGCGAUGAUGAUGAUGUUGAUGAUGAUUAUGUGAUCAGUGACGUUAUUCUCGAUUCCACAUUUUUGUUUUUGUUCUUUUGGAAAUGUAUUGAAUUUGUAAUGAAUGAAUUCUGCACCGAAACGUUUCCCUUCUUCCUGCUACUGAGUGAAACUACUGACUGUCCUCAAGUGUGUGUGAUGAUGAUGAUUUUUAUUUAAACCCUGUUGCGUUUGUGCUAAAGCCAUAAACACUUCGACUGCUGUUUUUUGUACAUAAAAUAAUUUUUAAUCCGGAUUUCUGAGCAGUUGUUAUCUGUAAAAGAUAUUUUGCAAGCAAUCGAAAAUGUUUUUGAUGAUGAUCAGAUGUUUUAAUUCUAUUUGACUGCAGAUAUUUUUGUUUUCUUUGUUUAAUUGUGAUGAGGAGCAGAAAACUUUUAUAUGCAAAAUAUAAACGGUGGGAGGUUUGUUAUUUAAAAAAGUUCUAGUUUUAGCACUCUGCAUGUUCUCGACAUUGUACUAAUAACUGAUGUACAGUGACUCUGUAAAUAUCAUCAGCUUCUCCUGUAACCUGAAACUAAUCAGUAAUGCAAUGGACAAUUAUUACCAAAA